AUGAAGGCAUAAGAUCUCAAAAAAUAGAUUAAUAGAGGUCAAAAUAGCUUAAGCAACGAGAUCAUCCGAUUAAUCAGAGAUAUAAGCAACUUCAAAUUAUCCCAUUCGAGCAUCAUUAACUUUAAAGAAUCAUACUUCACAUAGGACGACUAAUUCAUUGUUAUUACGGAGCUAGCUGAGGACAACUUAAGAUCCUUUAGAGAGGCUAAUCCUGUCAUCAGCAAUGAAGAAAUUGUUGAGAUAAUGCUUCAAUUAAUGAAAGGAAUCAACUACCUUCAUAAACAAAAUGUUUCUCCAAUCGACUUAACUCCUAAAAGCAUUCAAGUAUUGGAAAGUGGAAAGAAAUUCAAACUAAGUAACUAUGGAACUUCUUCCUCUAACGUUGAGUAAAAUGUCAUAGUGGGCAAAAAGUAUUUUAAUGCUCCAGAAAUCGGAAUUGAUGAAGAUAAUACAAACAGCCACUAAGCAGAUAUUUGGUCAGCUGGAGUACUUCUACACUACUUGUGCACAGAAUAAUGCCAAUACGGACCUCAAAAGAAGAGAUUAGCCGACAUAAAAACUCAAGAUCCAGCCUUUGAAUUCAAACUUCCUGAGAGAAGGUAAAUAUUUGAACCGCUUUUGAACAGGAUGUUAAAACUUAAGCCUGACGAAAGACCAUAGUCUCUUGAAAUAAUAUCUGAACUUUGUUUACUUAUCAGUGAUUCUUUGCACAGACACAUUGAUGAGGAGGAGAAAAGUAGUAAUGUGUUGCUAUAAAAUGCAUUCAAAUUGACGCUUAAAUCAUCAAAUGACAAAGUUAAUGAAAUCUUAGCUAAGUUAGGUGAUUUUAACUUUCCUGUUAUUUAAAAUAUCCAUCCUAAUCCUGAUAGAAUCUUUGUACCCACAUUCACUAUAGAUGAAAAUCACCAAUAUCAAGGUGAGAUUGAUAGUUAUACUAGAUAACCAGACGGUAGAGGGAGGAGUAUAUAUUCAGAUGGCUAGCUUUAAGAAGGAAUUUGGUAAGAUGGAAAACUUAGAGGUCUGGGAAGACAAAUAGAUCCAAAGGGUAGUUAUUAUGUCGGUGAGUUUUAAAAUUGCCGAAGGAAUGGAAAAGGUUAAUAUGUCUUCCCAAGUGGAAGUAUGCAAGAGGGAAAUUUCCUUAACGGCAGAAUUGAGGGAUUAGGAUUUUAUUGGUACCACAAUGGCAAUUAUUAUUAUGGCUAGUACGAUGAUGACAAGAGAUGUGGUCUAGGAAUAGCUAAGUAUGAUGAAGAUAUUUUAAUUGGAUAAUGGAAUAAUGGCUAAUCUGAUGGAAUUGUAAUGCAUGUCCCUCAAAAUGGAGACUAAAUUGAAAUAAGAUUAUAUGAAGAUGGGUAACUUCAAUCAACAUUGUUUAGAACUGAAAAUACAUUAUUUGACGCUUCUGAAUGA